CGCUAAGGGAAGAGCAGGCGCGCGCGCCGAGCCGAGAUACAGUAUACACACACACACACACAACACACGCAACGUUGGCCAGAGCCGAGCGCCUCGCGAGCCGCCGAGGCAGUAGCAGCAAAGAGGAGCCGCGAAGGGAUAUCGCCGCUGGCGGACAACAGUGUCUUUAUAUAUCAUCAGUGCCAGAAGUUUAGAAAAUCAGCAUCAUCUCAAAAGUUAACACAAAUUCAACAUCUUCUUGAACAUUUCAUUCUUGAAAUUCCAGACUGAAAGAUUGGCUGAAGGUAUUUCAAUGAUCAUUGCGUGACAUAAAUGAUACUACUCACUGGUAUGUAAAACUGCACUUCAGCGUCAUUAUGAUGAACCAGGGAAAGUGGGCUAACCUCAGCCCAUCAGAGUUCUCUCAGCUUCAGAAGUAUGCAGAGUAUUCUACAAAGAAAGUUCGGGAUGUUUUGCAAGAGUUCCAUGGUAAUGGUGUGCUAGCAAAGUACAAUCCUGAAGGGAAGCAAGACAUUCUUAAGCAAACAAUUGAUUUAGAAGGUUUCAAAUUAUUCAUGAAGACUUUCCUGGAGGCUGAGUUGCCAGAAGAAUUCUGUGAACAUCUCUUUAUGUCAUUUGGAAACAAGGGCCCUCACAGUAGUCCUGUGGUAAAGAAUAGGCCCCCUCUCAUUCCAGGAGGUUUGCGCAUCACUAAAAGCAUGACAUCACGAUCCUCGACUCCUUCCACUUUGCAGAUACCAGAAGUAAUUCAGUUGAAAGAUAUUGUUUGUUAUCUUUCCCUUCUUGAAAGAGGAAGACCUGAAGACAAACUAGAAUUUAUGUUUCGCCUGUAUGACACAGAUGGGAAUGGUUUCCUGGACAGCUCGGAGCUGGAAAACAUCAUUGCUCAAAUGAUGCAUGUUGCUGAAUAUCUUGAAUGGGAUAUCACUGAACUCAGCCCCAUUCUUCAUGAAAUGAUGGAAGAGAUUGAUUACGACCAUGAUGGCACUGUUUCCUUGGAAGAAUGGAUCCAGGGUGGAAUGACUACAAUCCCACUCUUAGUGUUGCUUGGGCUGGAGAGUAAUGUGAAGGAUGAUGGGCAGCAUGCAUGGAGACUGAAACAUUUCAACAUGCCUGCCUACUGUAAUCUUUGCCUGAACAUGCUAAUAGGAGUAGGCAAACAGGGCCUUUGUUGUUCAUUUUGCAAAUACACGGUCCAUGAGCGUUGUGUUUCAAGAGCACCAGCUUCUUGUAUUAAAACAUAUGUCAAAUCCAAAAAGAACACUGAGGUUUUGCAUCAUUUUUGGGUAGAAGGAAAUUGUCCAACGAAAUGUGAUAAAUGUCACAAAACUAUAAAGUGUUACCAAGGGUUGACUGGAUUGCACUGCGUUUGGUGUCAGAUUACGCUGCAUAACAAAUGUGCUUCACACCUAAAACCUGAAUGUGACUGUGGCCCUCUGAAGGAUCAUGUUCUACCACCCACAUCAAUUUGCCCAGCAGUAUUGACUCUCCCCUCUGUAGGAGUCCCACUUCCUGAGGAACGACAAGCGAGUAUGAAAAAGGAAAGAGGUGGAUCUCAACAAGCAGACAAACUCGGAGAUCGGAACAAGAUGCAAAGAGCAAAUUCUACCACUAUAGAUGGACAAGGCCUUCAGAUUACACCUCCUCCAGGUACUCAUCCUCUUCUAGUUUUUGUCAAUCCCAAAAGUGGUGGAAAACAAGGAGAAAGAAUUUAUAGAAGAUUCCAGUAUCUUUUGAAUCCUCGUCAGGUUUAUGACCUUGCUGGAAAUGGACCAAUGCCAGGGUUAAAUUUUUUUCGUGAUGUUCCUGACUUUCGAGUACUGGCUUGCGGAGGUGAUGGAACUGUUGGUUGGAUUUUGGACUGCAUAGAGAGAGCAAAUUUGAGUAAGCAUCCUCCAGUCGCUAUCCUUCCUCUUGGGACUGGGAAUGAUUUAGCCAGGUGUCUGAGAUGGGGAGGAGGAUAUGAAGGUGAGAGUCUUCUGAAGAUACUAAAAGACAUUGAAAAUAGCACAGAGAUCUUGCUGGACAGAUGGAAAUUUGAAGUCAUACCUAAUGAUAAAGAUGAGAAAGGAGAUCCGGUGCCUUACAGCAUCAUCAAUAAUUAUUUCUCAAUUGGAGUGGAUGCUUCAAUUGCUCACAGGUUUCACAUAAUGCGAGAAAAACAUCCAGAGAAGUUCAACAGCAGAAUGAAGAACAAAUUUUGGUAUUUUGAAUUUGGCACUUCUGAGACUUUCUCAGCUACCUGCAAGAAACUACAUGAAUCUCUAGAAAUAGAAUGUGAUGGAAUUCAGAUAGAUCUGAGCAAUAUUUCUCUGGAGGGGAUUGCCAUUUUGAACAUUCCAAGCAUGCAUGGGGGAUCAAAUCUGUGGGGUGAGACAAAGAGAAGGCGAAGCAAUCGUCGAUAUGAAAAGAACAGGUCUGACAAAAGAAGUACAGUUACAGAUGCUAAGGAACUGAAGUUUGCAUGCCAAGAUCUGAGUGAUCAGCUGGUGGAAGUGGUUGGUCUGGAGGGAGCCAUGGAGAUGGGUCAAAUAUACACCGGACUGAAAAGUGCUGGAAGACGUCUUGCUCAAUGUACAUCUGUUACCAUCCGGACUAGCAAGGCUCUGCCUAUGCAAAUUGAUGGGGAGCCAUGGAUGCAAACACCUUGUACAAUAAAAAUUACACACAAGAACCAAGCUCCAAUACUGAUGGGACCCCCUCCCAAAACUGGCCUCAUCUCUUCCAUCAUUACUAGAACAAUGAGCUGUGGCAAAGAAUAAGCUUCUUUCGUUAAAUCCGUACAAAAUCAAAUUAGCAGGGAUUUGGAGUAUGUAUGCUGGAAACCUUUCAGGGGUUUUUUAAAUGUUCUCUACUGCAUAAUCAUGGAAUCUGGAAUAACAGUUUUUGUGACUGAGCUAAUGUAAAAUGAUGCUAUUAGAAUAAUUUAUUGCCACAGUUUUGUAGGCAUUUUGCAUGGAGAAAGCUAAUGUUUACAUAAAGUGAUAAAGCAUAUUUUUGUUGCAUGCAUUACCAUUACUAAUUUACAAGAUAAAUAUGCUGUGGAAUGGAAAAAUCCACUGCUAUUGGAAAUGUGAUUUUCAUGGGUUGUGAUCCUCAACCUGCUUACUGCAUAUUAGUCUUUCAGAUGGUGCAUUUAAUUCACUGGAUGUCUUUUGAAGAAGGUGCCUUGAAGCUUUUUAUAGUCUUGAUUUGCCUCCCUUUCUCCUUAAUUCUGAAGAAUAACUAAAAGUCACCCCAGUAUUAUUAUGUUGUUAGCCGCCUAGAGUGGUCCUGACCCAACCAGAUAGGCGGGAUAUAAAUUAAUUAAAUAAAUAAAUACCUGAUUGUCCCUCUUAAAUCUAACCGAUAUAGUUAGAUUUGAAAGGAUCCAGUCAUUUCAAGUUUGUAAUGGGAAAUAAUAAUUUACUUUGGUCUGUUAGACUGCACUUAGAGCUAAAGUGUAUAUUAAAGUUAGUAUUUUAUUAGAGGAGGAAAUUCCUUAAGUAUAGGAACAUUGAUAGUUUCAGAUUAGUGCACGUUUUUGUGACUGGUCUCCUGGAUGUAAGCAUAGACUUCAUUUGCAAGUCUGAUUUCUCAGACCCAAGUUCUUCCUGAAUCAUGUCUCUGGAAUACAAAGGAUUUCAGCAUGUAGUGGUGGGCUUUGAUCCUCAGAAUCAUACCUAAGAAGUACAUUUUAUUACACAGAGAAAGAUUUACUUAUAAUGAAGCAUGUCUCUUAUUAGGUUGUCUUAAGUUUCACAUUGUUAUCACACAUAUAAAUGUUUCCAUUAGAUAUCUAGAUCCACAAUGUAAGUAAGGGAAAAUUGAUAACCCAUUUCUGAUGUAAGAAUAGUCUAUUCUACAUUUUAUAAAAAGAAUCUCUCCAUUUGCCAUGGAGCAUUGGCUCAAUGUCAGCAUUCAUUAAAUUCCUGUCUUUCUGACAUGUGGAAACAUUAAAUCCUUCAGUUUCCAAACAUCAGUAAUUUCAGUAUUUGUUAAGAUACACCUAAUGGUACGUAUAUAUUUUUUAAAAUGAAAUUGUAAAAGUGGGCCAUGUUUGAUUUUAAAUAAAUAACUAGACCCAUGAAAAAUCUUUAUGGAUUCAAAAUUCAGGCUAUUUUAUCUAUUGUGCAAUAGGUGUGUAAGUAAACAAACCACAUGUCUAAAACAACAACAGAAUGUUUUCUACCAAAAGAUUGUGGGGGCUUCAAGGUUAAUACAUAGAUAAUCAAACAAAAUGGACUGGAAUUGCUUAUGAAAACUUUUGAUCACUUUUAGAUUAACUAGAUGCUGAAGAAAGGGGAGUUGAAAUUCAUGGCUUGCCAUUAAUGCUCAUUCACUUAUUUUAUGUGUUUAUAUCUACCAUCUAUAAAUCAGAGACUGCAAGGUUGACCUGAGGGAUCGGUCUCUGCUGUGUACAUAGAUUUCUGCUUGCUGUAGCUUUGUUAUCUAUGUUACAGAAUCUUAUUAAACAGGGCCUCCACAUGCAUGCAUGAGUAUCAUAGUUUUGUUGUUAAUGCAUUUAUUUUAUAAAUGUAAAUGACCCAAUCCAGUUGGUGCCUUUCUAUUUGCUGUUUGAAUCCAAUAACUUCUGUUGGAAUGAUUUUUUCUUAUCUGUGGCCCCCUGAACAAUUUUUAACAGCUUGGGAAUGGCAGUGAACCAUGUUUUGUGUGAUUUAAGUGCCAUUGUCUUACAGUUAGUGAUGGGCCAGCCAAAAAUUUCAGUGUUGUAAAUAAAUGUACAGUAUAGUUAAAUGUCAUUGGAAAAAGCCAUUAAGUUGGAUCCACAGUUAGUCACACUUGAAGUAGGCCAACUGAGAUUAAUGGUACUAUAGUUACUAAUGAAUAAUAAGAACCCCCUUUGAUUUUGGUGAGUCCCCUCUGAUUAAGUAUGGAUCCAACCAGGAAUAUUUUUCCCUUCAGCUGAGAUUUGCUUGAGUUUCAUCCUUUUGCAUGUUUUACUUGCAAACACUCCACCAGGAACAUAUAGUUUGCUUGAAAUGCAUGAUUGAUUAAUAUCCUCCCACCUUUUAAUCAUCACCGUACAUUGCUAAUAAUUUAUCAAAUCUCUUUUCCUGUUGAUUCUUUCAGUUUUAUACUCAUUUAACAAACAGCAUUCAAUCUUUCUGAUGUGCACAACAUUGUGCAUAGAUACAUUAAGACAGAGUUUGAGUACAUUAUAGGAUUUGGUUAGUUUUGUCUCCUUAUAAUUGAAGAUGAAAGCAAAAGCAAUAUAUUGCUGGCAAAAACAUGUACAUGAAAGUUAAAAGUCAGUAACAUUAGCAGAGAAAUAUCAACUGGUGUGAUGUUCAGCAUUAGGCUGAAAAUUGUCUGUCACUGAACCUAAGGCUGUGUAGUUUAACUAUGUAUUGGUCUAGUAAUGUCAACAAUUACAUACGGUAAUAUAAGAAUUACCUUUCUGUUGGAAACUAUAUACAAAUGUAUGCCUACAUUCGAAGCAUAUAUUUGUAUAUAGGUAUUCAUGAUCCUAAGGCAAAUAGUUUGAUUCUAUAUUACACAAUGUGUACAUUGAUUUUAUGAAAUUGUGGUGACAGCAGUAAUAAAUAUUUUCACAUGCUCAAA